UCCGCAGCUCCAUCAAAAAACGCGGCCGCCACAAAGAUAAUCGAACUCUUCCCUCCCAACGAAGAAUCAAGCAACUCGAAUCACCGCACAAAGAGGCACAUCUCAAAACCACACGACACACCCAUUAUCUCGAAACACCGACGACAACAUGGCCAACUUCCUCGCCUCCAUCUUCGGCACGGAGCUCGACAAGGUCAACUGCUCCUUCUACUUCAAAAUCGGCGCCUGCCGCCACGGCGACCGCUGCUCGAGAAAACACGUCAAGCCCAGCUACUCGCAGACCAUCCUCAUGCCCAACCUCUACCAGAACCCGGCCUACGACCCAAAGAACCGCAUGAACCCGUCCCAGCUGCAGAACCACUUUGACGCCUUUUACGAGGAUAUCUGGUGCGAGCUCUGCAAGUACGGCGAGCUCGAGGAGCUCGUGGUGUGCGACAACAACAAUGAUCACCUCAUAGGAAACGUCUACGCCCGCUUCAAAUACGAAGACUCUGCCCAAAAGGCAUGCGACGACCUCAACUCGCGGUGGUACGCCGCCCGCCCCAUAUACUGCGAGCUCUCCCCCGUCACCGACUUCCGCGAGGCCUGCUGCCGCCUCAACUCGGGCGAGGGCUGCGUCCGCGGCGGCUUCUGCAACUUCAUCCACCGCAAGAACCCCUCCGAGGACCUCGACCGCGACCUCACCCUCAGCACCAAGAAGUGGCUCAAGGACCGCGGCCGCGACGAGAGGAGCCCGUCACGCUCGCCUACCCCCGAACCCACGCGCCGUCGGUACUAAAGAGAGCAAAAGAGGGACGGUCAUUUGGUUUCAGGGGAACACAACGAUUGGAAGCUGUUUGUUUGAAGCGUAUCGUUGUCGCAUUAGGCGGAACAGAGCGCGACGGUGCCAAGCGAUAAAGGAUGCGGACGAUGAUCAAACUCUGGCAUUGAAGCUCGGCUCAGCAAAACAAAGCAGGCUGUUUGGAGAUUAUCGGGGGCCGGGGCGCCGGGCAAUGGCGUGGUUUAUCACGACGGGUCUAAUCAGCACGAGGAGAGAGAGAAAGUGGAAGGCGAAACCCCCAGAAAUUGAGAAUUUGAUACCCAUUCCCCGUACCUGUCUCUACGGGGUGGGUUGGAAGACCAAACAAAAAAGAGGGUGAGGGCGGCGUUUAUGGCGUUUCCGGGAUGGGUCGGGGUACUAUGGGAGAAACUCUUGAAAGGGCAGAGCACCAUGUAACAAAACAUGUGAGAUUAAGUAGUGCCUC